CGUAUUAGACGAAUAAAACAUAAUAAAGUGGAAGGGGUAGAUUUCGAAAGGAGUGGGAAAUAACGGGCGUUACAACGUCUGCGAGAGUCGUGUCGUUACUUCCGAGCACGUAACAUCUUAUAGGAUACCCUAUAGAAAAGGAGCAAAGUUCUCUGAAGAUGUCGAGGCCAAUUCUUAGCAGGCCACGUACACGCGUGUACGGGUGUAACUACGACAAAGGAGAAUCGUAUUACAAGCCGAUGGUCGAUCACUUGGAUCGAAAGUACAGCUCUCGACCUCUUUUCUCCGAGCCAAGAACUUCAUUGGCUGACGAGAUCGCAGCCCGCCGCGGCGACAUCGGCGUUCAUGACCUCUCUGGUCCUCGCAACACUUCCCUUGGACGUGACCUUGACCCUGAAUUAGACCCUUCCGUUCGUACCCCACUACCACUACCUUCUUUGGCUACCAACAACUUGUUUCCCGAAGACGAGGAUGUCGUCUACGACAGCCGUGGCCAGCGCAGCCGACGUCAAUUCGCCGAGAAUUUUGCCAACGACGUCGCAGCGACGACGCAACAUCUGAAAGCGAAACUAGCUUCGAUCGGCUUUGAGGACGAUGUCGAGGCAACGUUGGGUAAAUCGAGACGCCUGCGUCAAGAGCAGGAUCAACUUACUGACAAUAUUCUCAGCUCGAGGAGGAACCUGCAGGACAUAAAGUCGAUCAGCGAGGAGGCAGAGACUACGUUCAAGAGACGUUCGAGGCUGUUCGACGAGAUCGAUCGAUUGGAAGAGAGUAAGCCGACGCUUACGAAGUGGUCGAAGCUAAUUAACGAGGACGACAGCCUUGCCAAUGCUGCUGCGACAAGGGCCAAGCAAACGAAAGCCCGUUUGAACGACCUCGAGUCUGAAAUGGAGGAGCUCGCGGAGAGACAAGCGAAGAGAGAACGUAGGGCAGCUGCUCUCAGAGCGUUGAUCAACGAGAAUAUAACCGACGCGGAGAACAAUCUUCAGGAACAAUCGUCUGCUGUCGUCAGCAAGAAAGUUACCAUCCGCGAACGCUCUGAGAAACACGUCCUCUAAACACGUCCACUAGACAAAGAUUGAUAUAUAUUUACAUGUAACUCAAAAUACGACGAUGGAAAAGUCGAGCUUCGUUUUCAUUUAUAUGUACAUUACGUGUACAGUAUCGCGCGUUAUCUGAAAGACACGAGUAUCCCCCCGUUAUUUACCAUUUACUUUCUAAUCGAUUGUCUGUCAUUUGUUCCUGAUGAUCCUACAGAUAUCUUUCGUAUGUAUGUAUGUAUGUAUGUAUGUAUGUAUGUAUGUACACUGUUUGAACAUUCAAUCACGUUUAAAUUGAAGUACAAGUACGUAUAUAGAUACAACCAAGAUGAAGAGAUUUCAAUAUACUCACGUUAAACGAUUAAUUCAUGAAACAUUUGUAUAAAAUUAUUCAUGUAGUAGAAAUACAUUAGCAGUGUCAUGGAAAUUUCAAUCACAUUAUCGUUUAUUUUAUACCCAAAAGAUUAAACAAUAUAUAUUAUAUUAUUAAUUAAUUUUAUAUAUAUAUACAUAUAUUAUUAUGUUAUAUGUAAUUAUAAAUAUGAUAAUUAAAGGUAUUAUACAAUUAUAAUUGUAUAAUAUAUAUAUAUAUAUUUUGCAGACAUUAAAAUCGAUACAUGCACAUAACAUACAUACGCACGCAUGCAACAACAGCGAGUACGCAAAGAUAUAGUUCAUUUUACAUACUAUACUUUACUACAGUAUUAGCGAAAAAAGAUGUAAUUCUAUUGGACAUUCUCGAUUAUAUUUCUAUAAUUUUUGUAAAAAUGAAGGAUAAGUUAAGAAUUACUUUCUAUUUGUUGUCUAAUUAAAAAUUAGGAAAUUAUAUUAUUUUCGGUAAAAUUUUGUUAGUUAAAAUGAUUAUACACUAGCAGAAGGUUUAAUCUUGAAUAUACUUAAUAUUUUUUCACUAAUUGUACAUGAAUAUUCGUCUUUCGUUUCUUAAAUAAUUGUUCCUUUCUCUUAAUAUUUAAAUGCUUCUUUUGAAAUGAAACGAACGACAAACAUUAAGAUAUGUAUAGUUUCAAUUGAUCUGAUCAAAGUCAGAAAACAAAACACAACUUAUUUAAUAUUUUUCGCAAAUUCUAUGUAAAAUAAAGGUGUACAGUAUUUAUGUAUGUAAAAUUAAGCAAAGAAUUUAUUUUAUUGCCACUCUUCCUCUUAUCGUCAGGGAUCAAAUCACAACGCAAUACCAAGAUUUAAAGAGAGAAACACGUGCACACGUGCACACGUUCCCAAAGAAAGAUAUUGUCCUAACGUUACUGUAUGUAUUUUUGUCCUUUCUUGUUUGUAAAUAAAUUUCAUUGUUCCAAUGUG